UUACUGUAACACUGCAUGGAGUCAGCCAUGGCACAUCUCCGACAUGUUAGCGUGAAAAGAAGUUCUCCUCCCAUUCCAUGUGGAAGUGGUAAUUUUUUUUGGCUUCUUUGUCCUUUUCUUUCUGCUUCUUUGUCUGUUUUAAACCCUUUUUUACGUCUAGAAUACAGUAAAUAAGUUGGAUGAUAACUAAUUCCUGGACGGAUGUACCAAGGUACCACUGUAUCAUAAUGGUCAGGAUGAAGUACAGUAAGUUCUCCUCCCAUUCCGUGGGGAAGUGGUACAUUUUUUGUUUCUUUGUCCUUCUUUCCCACUCCGCUUUAAACCCUUUUUUUACAUUUAGUAUACAGUAAAUAAGUUGGAGGCUAACUAAUUAGCUCGCAAGCUUGCUAAUGGUUAAAGCCAUGGUUGUCUCUUGUGUCCCUGCACUCUUAUGUGCAUGCACAACUUGUAACACAAUGAUAACAAGGGUGUAAAGGUGACUAUAGGGGUGUUAUUUCAUGUCUAGAGGACUCUAAAAACAGGUUUUCUAUGCGGUAACAACAAGAAUAUUUCAUAUAUUAAUAUUGAAUCCUACUUUAUGGAAAGUUCUUAUUUAACUUAGGUACAUUUUUGGCUUCUUUGUCCUUCUUUCCCACUCUGUAUUCAGCCUUUUUUUACAUUUAGUAUACAGUAAAUAAGUUGGUAGCUAACUAAUUAGCUCGCAAGCUUGCUAAUUGUUAAAGCCAUGGUUGUCUCUUGUGUCCCUGCACUCUUAUGUGCAUGCACAAUGUGUAACACAAUGAUAACGGGAGUGUAAAGGUGACUAUAGGGGUGUUAUUUCAUGUCUAGAGGACUCUAAAAACAGGUUUUGUAUGUGGUAACAACAAGAAUAUUUCAUAUAUUCAUAUUGAAUCCUACUUUGUGGAAAGUUCUUAUUUAACUUAGUUUCUGUAGUUUGGGUCACCACUUGUCAUCGGGGGGGCAGUUGCGAGCCACCGGCCUACAACAUGGUUAUGUAGAGCAACAAUUCUUCAAUUCAUCGUCCUUCGAGAGUUCUUUGCCGGGGGUGCCAUGUUGAACUUCCAGUGACCGGUAUGAGAGGGUGCUAGAGCGAUAACACCAAAUUUAGCACACACACUCUGCAAUCACACCUGAGACCUAAUUUAUAUUUGUACUAAUUUGGAGACUCCAAUUAACCUAGCAUGUUUUUGGAAUAUGUGAGGAAACCCGGAAAAAAACCCACGCAUGCACAGGGAGAACAUGCAAAUUCCACACAGAAAUGUCCAAGCGGAGAUUCCAACCCAGCUCUUCCCGAUCUCCUGACUGUGUGGCCUACAUGUUAACCACUCCUCCACCGUGCGGCCUAAGUAGAAGAGUGUAAUAUCAAUACUAUCAAUAAUAUUUUAAUUCUGAUUAGCAAAAGGCUAAUAAAUAACUGGGCCACACUUGGCAUAUCUGGAACUACUUUUGAUUGACUGUUUAAUCCAGAAAAAAAGAAUAUCAGCUCUAGUCUUCAAUUUUUCUGGAUGCGGCUUAUUUAUGUGAAGAGACUUGCCUCUCAAGUUGAUCAAAGUGGCGGGUAAGUACACAUUCCAUUGCUGCUGCUUAUUUAUACUUUAUACAACAGUAACAAUGUUAAAAUGUUACUUGACAGAUUCCAUGCUGGUCACAGUUGGACCCAGGGAUAGAUUAAUUAAAGGAGGUUCAACUCCAUGAAAGAGACAGACGAAAGACCAGUGGAUCCAGGACGGAGCCCUGUGGGACACCAGCUCGCACCGCUUUGGACACAUAUGAGGUUGCUGUAAGCUUUGAGCGCCUCUCCUUCACACGCAGCCAUGAAGUCCGUGCUGGACGCGGUGGCAGACACCACCUUCCGGACUAUCACAUCUGGUUUACAAUAUCUGGGCUCCAACGACGCCAACUACGACGAGCCCGUCAGCGAUGUAGACUUCAAGGGUGCCUUCUCUUUGCAGAAGCCCCUGUCCGCCUUCCGCAGCAACUCCUUCCCCGAUAGACUCCCCCCGGAUGAGGAACUGAUCCUCAGAGGGGCACCCUUCUACCCCACCAACGCCACGGAGCUCUUGUCCAAUCGGAGCACGUUCCGAGAUGAGAGCAGCAACAUCCAAUGCGGGGAGAACUUCAUGGACAUGGAGUGCUUCAUGAUUCUGACGCCCAGCCAGCAGCUGGCCGUGGCUGUCAUGUCUCUGACCCUGGGGACCUUCACGGUGCUGGAGAACCUGGUGGUGCUUUGCGUGAUCCUGCAGUCGCGCACGCUCCGCUGCAGGCCCUCCUACCACUUCAUCGGCAGUCUGGCCGUGGCCGACCUGCUGGGGAGCGUCAUCUUCGUGUACAGUUUUCUGGACUUCCACGUGUUCCACAGAAAGGACAGUCCUAAUGUUUUUCUCUUCAAGCUGGGCGGAGUCACCGCGUCGUUCACCGCCUCCGUGGGCAGCCUCUUCCUCACUGCCAUCGACCGCUACAUCUCCAUCCACCGACCUCUGGCCUACAGGCGUAUUGUGACUCGAACCAAGGCGGUCAUCGCCUUUUGCAUGAUGUGGACCAUCUCCAUCGUCAUCGCCGUGCUACCUCUGCUGGGCUGGAACUGUAAACGUCUCAAGUCGGUAUGCUCGGACAUCUUCCCCUUGAUCGAUGAGAACUACUUGCUCUUCUGGAUCGGGGUGACCACUGUGCUGGUUCUUUUCAUCAUCUACGCCUACAUCUACAUCCUGUGGAAAGCGCACCACCAUGCCGUGCGAAUGCUGAGCCGCACCUCCCAGAAGAGCCUGGUGGUGUACUCUGCAGAUGGCACCAAAGUGCAGACCACACGCCCCGAGCAGGCCCGCAUGGACAUCCGCCUGGCUAAGACCCUGGUGCUUAUCCUGGUGGUGCUGGUCAUCUGCUGGGGCCCAGUGCUGGCCAUCAUGCUCUACGACCUCUUCUGGAAGAUGGACGACGACAUCAAGACGGUGUUUGCGUUCUGCAGCAUGCUCUGCCUCCUCAACUCCACCGUCAACCCCAUCAUCUAUGCCUUGAGGAGCAAGGACCUGCGACACGCCUUCAUCAGCUCGUGCCACGCCUGCAGGGGCAGCGCCCAGCAGCUGGACAACAGCCUCGAGUCGGACUGCCAGAACAGAAACAUCUCAGCCAACAGGGCGGCGGAGAGCUGCGUGAAGACCACUGUGAAAAUAGCCAAAGUGACGAUGUCCGUGUCCACUGAGACUUCUGCGGAAGCCGUCUAGCUGUCACCUCACUGGGUGCAAAAAUCUCAUCUUUUUUUGUUUUUUUUUCUUUUAAAACAUAAUAAACCUGAUUUAAAAUGUUCCACAUGCAGGAAAAAGUGACAUUUUGAGUUAUUCUACAUUAGCGUGUGAGCACAGAGUGUGCCAAAGUGCCAAACUGGUAUUACAAGGUCAUAGGCGGGACUCAUCACAUGGAAGAAAUGUGCGGUUAGUGAAUGCAUUUUAUAUUUUUGUACUGUGAAUUCAGGUUUUGAAAAAAUCUUCACGUUGGGGACAAGGGGCUACAAACAAUUGUUCUACUGUGUCAUUUGCACCAUGAAUACUCUCUCUCUCUCUCUAUCUCUCUAUCUCUCUCUCACUCUAUCUUCCUCCGUGUAUAUUAUUGUUUAUUUCCUACACCGCUUAUUAGAACAGGUCACUUUUCUACUUCUUUCGCUUGGAGAGUGGCAAAUGUGUGUGAAAUGAGUGGUGAUUCAUGUCGAGACAACACAAGACGUAAGUACAUGCUUUGCAGUAAAAAAAAAAAAAAAUCAAAUGGUGAUUACCAAUCUUUUCUAAGUGUAUCCAUUUGUUUACUUGCUAGCUGUUAGAGAGUGUAAACUAACAUCAUCAACUGUACAGUGUUAUUUGAAAAAAAAUCUAAUCAGGGAUGGGCAUUUGAUUAAAUUACCUUGAUUUAGUCCCUUGAUCAAUUUUAAGAAAUAUUUUUAACAGGGGACUCUGAACUCAGCGUUAGCUUCUUUUGUUGACUCAACAGCGCCUCUGCUGGCUACAGCCAAACGGUGCAUUCCCUUUGCCUCCCAUGUUGUAAUGCCCAUCCCUGGUUGAAAUCCAAACUCGUCAGCUAUAUUUGAAAGCCUUUCAUAAAACAACGAAUUAAGACACAGCGUGCUGGCCACUACUGUGCAGAGAAAAAAAUAUAUGAAGUGGCUUCAAAAUGUGUGCUUUUACUAGAUUGUAUGUAAGUAAUGUUACCUUGUGGCUUAGUGAUAAUAUUUCCAACCCAAAGCCUUUAAUUAAUCAUUGCAGUGAGUCGUUUUAGUGCUACUGUUGCAGGCAGGGUGUCGUUUUUUUUUGUUUUUUUUUGUGGCGAAAAAUAUUUUUAAAAA